AUGCGUAAUGAGCCUGAAUUUAGACAUCGAGAGCGACAAGACGGAACGUCGGACGAGAACACAAGAACGGCCACCUCCGAGCGGAGCCACGACGUGCCCCAAAACGUAACACCGCCGUGUAAUCGUAAUCUGUACUCUCGCGGUUCGGAUGAAGGUCGUCACGUGCAUCAACACUACAUAAGAAUUCAAAUUCUCAAGAGCUGCAAAUUUCAGCGCCAACUGGAAGACGCACCUCAAAGCAGCAAGCAAGUGUUAGCGCGCCAUGGCUACGCGUUAACUUCUAGAGCCAAACUGGGCUAUGGCCAUUACAGCAAAGUGUGCGAAGGAGUGCACAGAAAAUGCGGCGAAAAGAUUGCGAUCAAAAUAAUUGAUACACGAAAAGUUACGCAAGAAUACAAGCUCAAGUUUAUGCCGCGCGAAAUUGAUAUCUGGAAGCGAAUGUGUCAUCCGAAUUUGGUAGCCUUGCUUGAUGUCUUUCAAGAAGCUGGAAAAGUAUUUCUAGCAAUGGAACUUGCUGAAAAAGGCGACCUCGUUAGUCAUUUCCAAUAUUCUGAGAAGCAAAGACACCCAACACCGGUGUUAACACUGGUGCAAGAGAAAGGCGCCCAACCAGAAGCAACCGUGCAAACCUGGAUGAAACAACUCGUUUCCGCGGUCUAUUACCUGCACAUGCGUUCUAUUGCACAUCGCGAUCUGAAACUUGAAAAUAUCCUCCUCUUCAACGACAAUUCCGUAAAAAUCGCCGACUUUGGAUUCUGCCGCGAGGUGCAUGACGGCGAUAUGUCACUGACAUUCUGCGGAUCGAAAUCGUAUUCCGCUCCGGAAAUCCUUCUUGGACAGCCAUAUCCACCGUUCAAAGCUGAC